AUGUCGGAUCCGUACAAGAAAGCGAAGGCAGGGCGGCUCACAUUCAAGGGCGGGGAGCUCGCUGCGGUGAAGUCCAUCGAGAAGACGAAGAAGAAGAAGAAGAAGGAGAAGAAGAAGCAGACGGAGGAGGAAGCCGGCGACGACGUUAGAGAUGAGGGGGCAUCGGCGUUGGGGGAGAGCGGGGAAGGAACCGGGGACGGGGAGGAGAAGGCUGUUUACACGAUCGAUGCUGCAAAGCGUAUGAAGUACGAGGAGCUCUUCCCAGUCGAGACUAAGCGGUUCGGCUACGAUCCGGCGAACAAAUCUCGUUCCGGGGCGCGCACGGUUGAAGAAGCCUUAGACGACCGAGUUAAGAAGAAGGCCGAUCGCUACUGCAAGUGA